AUGAAUAUCUGCACAUAUACGCCUGGUGUCGAACGACGGCCACUACAACGGUAUCAAAUUCUCGGCUGCUCCACCUCCAUCCUUCCCAAUAUCUCUUCCUUUAUGGAGCUCACUAUUUCCGACUAUCACGUCGCUCUCCGUCAUGGCCGCACCACCUGCGUGCAGGCUAUUUCUGCUUGCUUAUCUCGCAUUGCUUACUACGAUCCCACCCUGCGGGCUCCCGUCACGGUGAACCUCAAUACAAUCCACGAAGCCUACCAAAAGGAUACAAGCAUCAUGGAGCACCUCCUUCCACUCCACGGAAAGAUCCUCUCCGCUGGAGCCACUAUGUUGGCUAAGGCGAAUCUACAUGAACUCUCACUCGAGGGUGUCACUGUCUCUUCACUCGGCGGCCAGUCCUUGAACCCCUACAACCGCACACCUAGUAGCUCAUCAGGCGGCACGGCAGCAGCCAACUUAGGUCUUAUUGGAUGUGGUGGGGAUACGACAAGUCUCCAAAAGAGGGAUCAUGCCGUUGUCAAUGACACAGGACGUCGCGGGGCCGAUAGCAAGGACGGUGAGUCCGACGAAAUUGUCAUCAAGACUAUCGAGCUAUCAAUGAACAAAGUCACCUCUGCUAAUUUGAACGUCCAAUUCAUCCCGCUGCCUCACCAUCCUGACCGGGAAAUUGCUCUGCUCUGCUACGCUCAAAGGCAGACACGCAGUUUCCUGCAAUCCUCUACUAUUUCAUCCACUGCGCAUCAGAUUUUAUUGUCCAUUGCUGCUAGUGGGGAAUACCUCGCGGAAGCAAUGACUCCGGUCUUCUGGAUGACGCUGCAAGGCGGAGAAUAUAUGACCACCGGCUCAGAGUACCGUGCCAGGAUAGGCAAGAUCAAGGCCCUUAAGACAUCCGCCACCCCGUGUUUUCAAGGUUGCAUCGGUGAAGUCGAUGGUUCAACCCGGCCGAAAUGGGAUUUUGGCAGCUUUGACAGGAUGCCCGCUAUUUAUAUACCGGCUGGGUUCAGUCCCCCGACGUUUACUGCUCCACUGGAAGUCCACAUUGGCCACGAACUGAUGGGGAGGCCAUGGCAAGAUAAGCAGCUUCUUGAGUUGGCGGAGAGAUUCGAGUCGAUCAUUCCGUGCCGAAAGCCUCCUCUAAUAUGA